AUGGAUAAAUCGCGAGAAGGACCCAGCAUCCAGGAAAGACAGAGGCUUGCAUACUUCACGGUGGAAGGGCAGAGCAGUAAUGCAGAUGACAUGGACGAGUCUCUCGGCCUGUCUUUGCUCCUUCUGGGCGAAGCUUUGUCUUGCACGAAGAACAAGAUCAUCACCCAAGGCAGCCUUACCAUCCGCGGCUGGCAUAGCGAAGCGCACGAAGGGUGGGGUUCCAGCAUCGCAGUCACAAAGGGGAUGGUUGAAAAGGGUUGGUGUCCCAAAUCCGUCUACGUGCUGAGAAACCAACUCCAAGGGAACACAACCGCUUUGCACGAAGCUUACAUGGUUCGACGCCCGAAGCAACGCUCAUCUCAUGAGUCCUGCACAGAGACCACAUGCGCAGCCAGGACUGUGGCUGGUGGUGCUAAGUACAAGCAACGACAUAGAUGCGCAUCCGGCGACUGCGGCUCCGAGGGACCCAACGUCGCUGAUCUCGUUGACGUCAUCAGAAAAGGUCAAUUUCCCGUUCUUGAAUUGAAAGAUGACUUGACCAUCACGGUCAGGGCACAUGAGCCAAAGGAGGACUACGGCACAAUCACCCACGUAUGGAGCGAUGGCUUCGGCAAUCCUCUUCGCAACGAGAUGCCUCGGUGUCAGCUAGAGUUCCUGGCUGAAGCCAUCACGGAGUCAGAGCGUCAUCUGAAGAUGCGGAACCAUGGCCGAAAGUUGUUCUGGAUCGAUACGAUGGCAAUUCCCGUCGGAGCGGAAAAUAAACCCGAACGGAAGACGUCCAUCGGCCAGAUCCAUGACAUUUUCAUCAACUCGAAGUAUACUAUCGUGUUUGACUCUGAGCUCUGUGCAAUGAAAGUUGGGAACAGGUACGUGGAGACAGCAAUAAACAUCCUUGCCAGCGGAUGGAUGCAGAGACUCUGGACUCUUCAAGAAGCCUAUCUCAGCAAGCGGCUGUUCUUCAAAUUUCAAGACACGGCGUUGGACCUGGAAAACCUGGAAGAGCUUUUCCCUCAAGCAAAGGGGAACAGCUCCUCAAUUCUCCCGGAUGCUGCAAGGGGUUACUUCCACAGCAUUAUGGGAACGGCACGAGAAGCACGAAUCCAUCAAAUGACUCCCAGAGACGGCGUGAGCUUGAUUGCGUCUAUAUGGAAGGCAGCUUACUGGCGAACCACGAGCAAGAAACAGCACGAAGCGGUUGCAAUCGCUACCCUCCUUGGCUUGAACUCCGGAUCAUCUACAAUGGCCAGCUUUCUCAACGACGCAUUCGUUACUGGAGAUGGAGAAUUCAACACGGCCAAAUACCAUGAAAGCAUGAAGCAUCUAUGGGCGCUUAUCCACGAUGUUUACCCCGGAUCCAUCCCGGCUGGUGUUAUUUUCCUUCCACCACCGAGGCUCUCGAUGGACGGAUUUGGGUGGGCGCCCGUGUCUUGGCUGGCAGGGAAAGAUUCAGAUGAUCUAAAGCCGCUUUUUGCGCAGAAUCCACCGACACAACUGGAUCAGAAUGGCCUUCUCGUCGAGUUUCCCGGGUUCCUUCUUCACUGUAGCUCAGCUGCAAGAUCUCAGUUGCAACUCUUAAGCGAAGGGAAAAGCGAGCUCUGCUUCCCGUACGGCAGCAAUCUCUUGGAAUGGUACCAAGUUCGCAAGCUUUUUGGCGACGAAGAAAAGGAUAUCACUCUUCGCUCUGACGAGACGACAGACUACGCAAUCAUCAUCCCGCAGGAACAGCCAAGUAUUAUUGAAGAUGUUGGGCUCUUUGUGGAGAUUCGACGGACUCAAUUGCAACGAUCUUUGGAGAAUAGCAGGACAACUCGCAUCUUUCAUGUUUCCAGUCUCUUCCGUGUGCUAGUCAGGCGUGAUAUGGGAGACAACAUCGAGGAGAAUAAGGAGCAAUUCUUUCUCGAUACUGACCUGAUACUCGGAGAGUUGGUGGACCGAAGCCAGAAAUGCGACCUGUGCCACUACUCCCAAGCCGUCGUUCUUGGCAACAUUGUCAAAUGCUCCGGCCAAGGUGGUUGGGACAAGACCGGCGCCCUUGAUGCCAACGAUAUUCCACGCCAAGUGGAGCUCGCCUUUGAGAAUGUCGAUCGGGUGCUUCAAGCCGCUGGCCUGCGGGGAUGGGAGGACGUUUACAGUGUCCGGAGCUACCACGUUGUCGACAUUGGCCUUUCGUACGACAAGACGGUGGAAAUGUUGAAGAAGAGGAUUCCCGGGCACAGACCCAUCUGGACCGCAAUCGCGGUUCCGGCUUUAGCCUUUCCGCAGAUGAAGAUCGAGAUUGAGGUCGAGGCAUAUGUAGCUGAGAAAUAG